AUCCAACUUAAACACGAAAAUGUCUGAUUGGGAAGACUUUGCAGAUGAAGAUGCCGAUAUUGAGCAAACUCAAGACACUAAAAAGUUCGAAGACGAAGAACUAGUCGAUAAAGAUAAAGAAGAAAGAGAGGAAAAGGAAAGACUUGAAGAGAAGAAAAUUAUUCAAGCAGAAAUUGAACAUAAUAGAAAGGAGAAAAAGAAGGAUGAGGUCGAUUAUGACAAAAAAUUCGCAGAAAGGCACAAAAUUGACGAAGAAACUAAAGAUCUCACGAGAGAAGAAGUCAAAAAGCAAAAUCCUAAUUUCACAGAAAUUCAAAUUGAUGAAUUUAUGUCCAGACAAGCUGAAGAGAAAAUCGGAGAUGACUUAUUCGGAGGAGACAAUGAACCAGAAACCCCAAAAACCGGCGGAUUCGUAACCUCCUUGACCGAAAUCAAGGGUGAGAAGAAGUACAAAGACUUCGCUAGAGAUGUUGCUGAUUAUCUGAAAACUAAUGGGAAAAGUCCAGGACAGAUCCCAAAAUUCUUCAGUCAACUUUUCCAUGAACUCGGUACUGAGAUCACUACAGGAAAGAUGGCUUUCAUCGUCAAGGAAUUCAACAAUGCAAUUGACAAGAAGAAGGAAGAUGAGGAUAAGAAAAGAGAUGAUGAUAAAAAGAAAGAGAAGAAAAGUAAAGGUAAAAAGAAAGCAGGUCUCGCUGGCGUCUCCAAAGCCCAAGACACCGUUGUCAUGAACACAGCCAUGGCUAACGACAUGUUCGAAAAUGAAGAUUAUGGUGAAGGAGAAGAUUACGAUUAUGGAGGCGACCAAUACCAGGAUUAUGGAAGAGACGAUCUUGACUUUAUGUAACUAGUAAGAUCUAGGUUAAGGAUAUUCUAUUAAUUCAACCAAAGACUUUUCAUGUGG